AUGAAUCACCCCGUAACAAGACCAUCAACCGAAAUAAAGAAUAAUUUAAAUUCUCAACACGUUCAAUUAAUUAUUAAUGACGAAGCAUUUAGUGGAUUUUUAAUAUAUGAACGUGGUAAUAUAUUGAGUGAAGAUUCAAUCUUUAUAGGCAUGAUGACAUCUAUUAAGGGCGAUAGUGGAGGGCCUGCAUUUUCUUUUUCAAGCUUAAGCUCGGAGACUUUAAAAUAG